AUGUUCGAUACUGAGAAAUUUAUCGGAGAAAUCGAGAAACGACCGGCGAUUUAUGAUGUGAAUCGUAGCGAGUACAACGACCGUAAUGCCAAGAUGACCGCGUGGGACGAGGUCUGCCAGGUGAUGGUACCGAAUUGGGCGCGCUUGACGGACGAGGAGAGAAACGUAGAAGAGAAAAAUUUACGUGGGAAAUGGAGAAAUAUCCGUGACUAUUUUAUGAAAGAAUUGAAGCUUCAGAAAUCACAGAAAGUAGGGCCGGUUGGUCGGAAACGAAAGAAAUACAUGUAUUUCGAUCAACUGUUAUUUCUAAUGCCAACGGUGGAGAAUAAACGAAAUGCCGGUACUACAUUAAGUAAUUGCAAAUCUGAGGAGAGCGAGGGUGAAAUUGACAAUCCGGUGAUCGAAGAAUACGACGUACCAUUGGCCCAUGCUGCUCCCUCCAUUACCACUGGCAGGGAAUACCUUCAGCCGGGCGCAUCCUAUAAAAUGUGCCCCCGUUAUCCGAAGCAGCUUUGUGAGACGUCGUUCGCGUCCUUCGAUAAUGAAAUUCACGAUAUCCUGUCGUCACACAGCAGCCAACGAGUUGCAUACGAUGAGGAUGACUACGACAAAAUGUUUCUACUCUCGUUAUUGCCGAUCAUUCGACAAGUACCGGAAGAGAAGAAGCUCGAUGUCCGGAUACAGAUGCAACAAGUCUUGGCCCUGGCACUUCGUCCUCCGGAUAGUAUGCAAUGA